AUGGAAAACAUUCUGAAUAGUUUACAACAAGCGUCAAACGAGAGGAUAAGCUGGUAUGAAGAGACGAGGAAAUCACUCCGAGCAGGCAAGAAGUAUCUCAAAACCGACUUCCGGGUGCAUUGCAAGGAGACUGAAAGCCCAUGCCCUGACCAUUGCCGGAAGUAUGCGCUUAGUGAUUCGGAAAAUAAGGAAUUUCAGGAACUGUGCAGCCACAAGCACACCCUUGUGUGUGAUCAGUGCGAAAGACUCACACAAGUUUUGAUUGACAUAGAACAUGCUAUCAAAACUUGUCAGGGGUUUUAUGGGAAUGAUCUGAAAGACGAUAUCUUGCAUGAUUUUGGACUUGCUAAAAAUGCCAUUUUAGCAUGGAAAGCUCAUAUUUUGCGAUCUGAGAAUCAGGAAUGUGGAAAACAAGCAGUGUUGGAGAAGUUAGAUGAUAGUUCUGUUCUUAUCGUUAUGGACUGGGCAAUGAAGUUUUUGCAGCUGCGUUACAGAGAGAAACAAUCCGAUUGA